AUGGCUGGACAUGAAUUGAAUAUAAAAGAUAAAUCAGCUUUUACCUCAAAUUCUAUUAAGGUUAAAGAAGAGCCAAGUAUCAAGAACAAAAAAGAUCAAAAGGGAAAAAAUAAGAAACACAGAUCAUUUGGUGGUUUAAGUAACCGAUUAACAAAGGUCAAAAAUGAAAUCCAGGAAUAUUUAGAAAUUAUAGAUACGUUAGAAGAUGAACAUCGUUCUGACUUGUUCCUUCAUUUAUAUUCAAUAUUCCUUUUAAAAAAAAUGAUAAGAAAAGCAAAUGAGAAGAAAUUUCCAUUAGAAACAGAAUCUUUUAUCGAUAAACAUAUAAAUGACGAUAUGGUAAAAUGGCCAGAUAGAUUCUCUGUUAUAGAUCCUAAAGUGGAUAAGUUGUAUGAAGAUGAUCCCCCAAAAGUAAUGGAAAAUAAACAAUUGGAUGAAAUAGUUGGGAUAAGAAGACUGAUUCAUAAUAGUACAGAAGUGGAUCCAAUUGAAAUUAGAAAUAAUAUUCCUAUUGAUAUAUCAACAGAGGAGCAAUUGGUACCUGGCGAAGUCUCUGAACGUGCGUUAAGACAUGCCACCAAUAUGAUGAAUAUUGAACUAAAUGCCUUGUGGAGUCGAAAAUUGAAGCAAUCUGCUAAUAGAGGAAACAUUAACCUUGAUAUUAAUAAAUUGACUAUUCCAUUAGAAGUAUGCUCCAAUAUUUUGCAGAAACUAGAUCACAUAAUGAAAGGUUUACAUAUCAAAAUGGCAGAAAGAAAUGAAGUCGAUUUGGUAAACAUAAAAGAAGAAGAAGAAAAAGAAGAUGAACAAAAUGAGGAAAAUCAGCAAGAGGAAAGUGAGCAAAAUAUUGACAAUGCCAGUGAGGAAAAUACGAAUGAUUCGUCGCUUGACGAAGAAAACGAUCUUGGAUCAAUAACAAAUGAGCUUUUUGAAAAUCUUGAUGAUCAAGAGAAGACGUCAACUCAUAAUACAUCCAAUAACAAUAUACUAAUGACUGAAAUAUCACAUCAACAAACGAAAAUAAACCAAAUUGCGGACCCAGAUGUUGCAUUAGCUGAUUUAUCCUCCAAACCAAAAAAUCUGAAAUAUAAAACAGUCGAAGAAAGGAAAUCUGCCUAUCGAGAAAGUGUCAGGAAAGGUUUACAGAAGUUUUUUGCAAAACAACGGGAACAAAGAAAAAAAGAUCAGGAGCUUGUUAAAUAUGUUUACCAUCUGGAUAAGGUUGAUGCAAACAAAAACAUUCAAUUCACAUAUCAUGAGAUUCUUGACAGAUGUUUUGAAAUGGACCUAAACAUGAAAGAUAUAUAUAUGAAAUCCUUAAAACUAUUUAAUGAUAUACCCAAGAGUUAUUCUAGGAGAGCCUUUAAAAUUAAAAAAGAUAUUUUAAAAAGAUAUAAAAUAAGAUAUAAAAAGGAUAAAAAAAUAUUCACUGGUCCAUAUGCAAAACAGUUCUAUGAUGUGGAUACAUUGUUAAGGGAUCAAAGAAUACCAAAGAAAAGAAAAAAAUUGAUAGAACUUAUUACAAGAAAGGAUGCUAAAAAGGCUACUGAAUGGAAAACUUUUCUAGAGGUCCAAGAGAAUCAAAGAAAGUUGUAUAGAGGUGAAUUACCAACAUAUCCAUCAGAUGUUACUAUUAAUGAUGAGAAGGAAAUACUAACAAAAAGAAACAACAAUAUAAUAAAAAGUGUGACACCUUAUAUUGAUAAUUGUGCUGAGGUAGGCAACGACAGCUACAAUAUAAUUGAUUGUUUAAUACCUAUUCCAACAAGUGAUCAUAAAGUUAAGAGAUUAUAUCCAUAUACACAGGACAACUUUAAAUAA